AUGACAAUAACAAUAUUCGAAGAUCUUUCAAUCGAACUGUUCCGUGAAAUAUUUACUUAUUUUCAAUUACAUGAAGUAUUCAAUAGUUUGUCCAAUCUUAAUUCUCGAUUUGCUGCUAUUAUUAAUAACAUGCCACUUAUGCCUGUUUAUUUGGGUUCAAAUAUUACGAAUAUAAGUUUAACUGAAUUCUAUCAUAUACAUUUAUCACAAUCAAAUGUAUGUCAUCGUGUUAUUUCAUUAUGUGUAUCAGAUGAAUUCUUUUCUGAUAAUGGAUUAUGGUUAUCUAAACAUGUAUCUACUUUCAUCAAUCUUCGUCAUUUAUCUUUAAUUGAUAUAGAACGUCCUAUAUUUGAGUCGAUACUUAAUAAGUGUUUAUUGAAUACAUCUCUCAUCGUGUUUUCAAUACGAUUUACAGCUCAUUGUUGUGCUGCUUAUACAUAUGCAGGUGUGCCUGAAGGUGCAUAUUAUGAACGAAUUUUUCAUUUAUUUCCUUUUUUACGUAUAUGUCAUCUACAAUUCUGGCGAUAUAUAUACAGUAAUUUAGACAAACGACUAAAUCUACCACUCAAUCAAGUUUUUAUAACGGUUAAAACAAGUCUUUUCAAUCUACAAUCGAUUGUGAUUCAAGAAUGUUCACCAGUCUUUUUAUUACAUUUAUUAGAACAUCUUCCACAAUUGCAAGAUCUUAGCUUUGGUUUGUCUGCUCUUUGGUUACCUGAUAAACAUCCAUUGAAAAAUCAUAUUAACAAUCGAGUUUCUAAUAUUAACAAACAUCUAGUUCCAAAUCUACGCCGUCUUAAAAUAACAUUGAACAAUGAUAUUCGUGAUGGAGAAUCAAUUGAUCAAUUAUUUGAUCAUGAUGUUUUGUUUUCGUUGACGAAUUUCACAUUAGUGGGGAUUGUAACUGGAUCCAAAGUUGUUGGUAAUUUACUUUCUAUGCUUUCUGAUCAAUGUUCAUAUACAUUAAUGGUUAAUUGGCGUGUAAGAACGAUGAUAUCAUAUUCGGACACAAGUAUCAUUUUAUUAGAUACUUUUCGACAAUUACAAAGUCGAAUACGAAUCGAAUUAAAAUUAUCUUUAUACCAGCAAUGUUAUACUAUUGCAGUUUCAACGAUACCACAAGCAAAAACAACUUUAUAUGCUAAUGAAUAUUUAGGCGAAAACGUUGUAUGGGCAUAUGUAGACUUUCUUUUUUUCCUUUUAUGAUAAAUAUUGUUUUUCUGAAUCUAGACAAAGUCGAUGUUGAUCAAAUGUACUGAUGAUCUGGAACAAUCGUUCAGUAUAUAUUAAUAAGAUUUACAUAAGUUGUACAAAUAUUGAAAUAAACCACGAAUAUUUCUCUUUACUCGACUUUUUUCCGGAUUAUAAUUGUUUGUGCGUUAAUAAAUAACUUUGUUAUCUUAUAAAAGUUGGAAACUCUAAUUAACCACAGUUGUUUUUCUUCUCCUCAUUGAAAUAUUUCCUUGUGCACAAAUGUCUACAUGAGCACGUUUUAUAUGACUAGAUUUAUGUUAAUUCCCUGUUCUAUUUGAUUCUUUUCUCUUACACGUCUCUACUAUCAAUAAUGAUAAGAAAUAAAUUGGAAUAUUAUAUACAAAAGGGAAGCAUUAGUCGACUGAUGUAUAGAUAUAUAACAGUAGUUGAUGACAAAAUAUCUCCGAUUACUUUUCAUUCUCAAUAACAGAUAAUAAUAUCAAGUUAAAAGAUAUUGAUAUUCUAUAUAUCGUUAAGAAUAUUCUGUCAGUAUUAGUUCUAUAUCAGCUAUUGAUUCAUUGACUAAGAAUCGACGAUCGACAAAAAUCAUGACAAUACAUUUGAUUUAUAUUAUAUUUUUUAUGUUUUCUAUAAACAUAUUUGG